CCCGAAAAAAAGUUCACCAAUUCGAGGCCAUCGCAACACCACGAAUUCGAGCCUUCCAACCGUCACGCUUCGACAAUCAAUCACCCAACGCACCAUCUCCCCCUCCACCCCCCCCAACAAUACCGCAAAAAUGGCCGGCGGAGUUACCGUGCGCGAUGUCGAUGCGCAAAAGUUCAUCAUUGCCUACUCUGCGUUCUUGAAGCGUCAGGGAAAGCUUCCCAUCCCUGGUUGGGUUGACACCGUCAAGACCGGUCCCGCCAAGGAGCUCCCUCCCCAGGACAUUGACUGGUUCUACGUCCGCGCCGCCUCCAUCGCCCGCCACGUCUACCUCCGAAAGACCGUCGGUGUCGGCCGUCUCCGCAAGGUCCACGGUACCGCCAAGAACCGCGGCAACGCCCCCUCCCACCACGUCGACGCCUCCGGCUCCGUCGACCGCAAGGUCAUGCAGGCCCUCGAGAAGAUCGGCGUCCUUGAGCAGGACGAGGACAAGGGUGGCCGCCGCAUCACCCAGGCCGGCCAGCGUGAUUUGGACCGAAUUGCCCAGACCACCGCUGAGGCCGAGGAGGAGGAGGAGGAUGACGAGUAAAAAUCUGGCGGGGAGCAUGGAUUUGGGCGUACGGUCAUAGAUUUGGUCAUGUAUGAAUGAGAUUCCCCCGACAUUGGGCCAUUCGGUUUACUCAAUUUGGACCCGUCCGAGCUUGUCAAUUCGAUUUGUGCCACCUUUGUGAAUGUGAAUGUGAAUGCUUGACAUGAGUCUUUGGCGACUUGUUGUGUACAUGAUUGGCCUUGGCUUACCCUCGGCGUGGUUCUCCUUCAUCAAUAUAUUGGAGUUUAUUA